AUUCACAGCACACUCUCAUCAAAAAAAGGCAAAAAGGAAACCUCACAACACCCAUGUUGAAAUCCUGUCCCUCACCGUGUGACUGAAGACCAGAGCAGAGUAACGGACCCUGAUCAGCCUGAGGUGCUCGAACAGCGAUCCUCGAGUUUGGUUCAAUGGCUGCCGAGUGAGCGGGAUUUGUGGGGCUUGAGGUAGACGCCUACAGCUGGAUCCAGCAUCGGCGCUGGACAAAGCAGAGCGCUGGACCACACUGGCCACUGGGAUUACGGUACCAUGAAGAUCUCUGAAGGCAUCCUGGACGCAAGCAUGACUGAUUACACAGUGAAUCUGGACCCCUGCUACACCAUGCUGGAGUUUGACAGGGUCCUGCCAGCAGACACAGAAGCCCUGAUGCGCGAGACCUCACCUGUGGUCACACCUGAGCUUCAGCAGCGCGGGCCGCUGUGCUCCAUCUGCGCAGACAAGGCCACGGGGAAACACUACGGUGCAUCCAGCUGCGACGGCUGCAAAGGCUUCUUCCGGAGGAGUGUGCGCAAGAACCAUGCCUACACGUGCAGGUUCAGCCGGCAGUGCGUGGUGGACAGAGACAAGCGGAACCAGUGUCGGUACUGCAGACUGCGCAAGUGUUUCCGAGCUGGCAUGAGGAAGGAAGCUGUGCAGAACGAGAGGGACAGAAUCAGCUGCCGCAGAGAAGGGCAUGGAGUCGGGACCCUCACCGUCGACGUCCUGCUGAAAGCGGAGACCAGCGUACAUCAGUGCUCCGCGGCGACUCCCCCAGUGUGUGACAUCAGCACCAAGAAGACAGCCCGCGCAGCCGAUGUGUGCGAGUCCAUGAAGCAGCAGCUCCUCCUGCUGGUGGAGUGGGCGAAGCACAUUCCCGAAUUCUGCGAACUGCCUGUAGAUGACCGGGUGGCCCUCCUGCGAGCUCACUCAGCCGAGCACCUCGUUUUAGGAGUGACCCGUCGUUCGCUGCCCUUCGAUGACAUCAUCUUGCUCGGAAAUGACUUCAUCAUCCCCGUGAGCGGCCCGGAGCAGGAGAUGUCCAAGGUGGCCGCGCGUGUGCUGGAUGAGCUGGUCAGGCCCCUGAGAGCGCUGGACGUCACGGACGCGGAGUUCGUCUGUCUCAAGGCCAUCGUCUUCUUCGCCCCAGACUGCCCGGGGCUGGAAUGCUCUCCGUUGGUGCGCAGGCUGCGCUUCCAGGCUCAGGUGCUGCUGGACGAGGCGGCCUCCGAGCAGAGGGGGCGCUUCGGGGAGCUGCUCCUGUUGCUGCCCCCGCUGCAGAGCGUCGCCUGGCACAUGGUGGAGCAGCUGCAGCUGGCACGGCUCCUGGGGGAGGCCAACGUGGACAGCCUGCUGCAGGAGAUGCUACUGGGAGAAGGAGCGGCGGGCAGAACUGAUCCGCAGUCAGCCGCAGGGCUCAGCGCAGAAGUCGUGACCUUUGAUCUGCCUGUAGGGCCCCACCAGAGGACUCAUCCAGACCACACAGCACUGCCCAACUUCACAUCUGUUAUACUCCCUGUACCGGCAUCCGCCCAUCUGGCCAGCACGCGCCUGCUGCCAUCCCAGGCUGGAAUUCCGCUGUGCCCUCCUCGCCAGGCAGUGGGCGUGCCAGGGGAGAUGGCCAGCUGCCUCUCUGUGCGUCCCCUUCACCCAUGCCUCUGAGCAGGAGCACGCAUGCUCAUAGCACGCACACACAGACUUUGAAGAGCUGUCCCCUCCUCAAGGCCUGGACACAUUCUCAAGUUUAUCACAAAGAGGUGCACACACAAUUACCAGUCAGAUGAAGACCGAAAGUAUCAGACGUGAUUUGUAGACUUGUAGCUGACCCCAGCAGUGCACUUUAGUCCUUAAUGACUAGAAGACAAUUAAUUAUUUUUUUUGGACGGACAUGAAAACGACCACACUCAGAUAUGCCUACCAGGAAGGGUGUGAGAUGUGUGAAAUAAAUGACAACAAUA